AUGUCCACCAGCCUCUCCUCUCCGUUACCUCGUCGUGUCAAGCCAUCCCCUCGUCCCCUGUCUCUCGAUGCGCCUCGCUGCUUCUCCAACUCUGCAAACCGGCGCAAUGCACCAAACUAUACCAUCAGCAACCUAGACGAACGGACCUACCACGCGCUCUCGAACGGCGUGCUCGACUCGCUAACUGAGCACUUCGAAGCCCUCAUCGAGGAGAGCGACAUUGACGCCCUCGAGCAACGCGCCGCCCGCGACAAGCUCGGCCCGCAGCGCGGCGCACCCACCACCGAAUGGGACGUCGAAUGCGCCACGGGCGUCAUGAACCUGAGACUCGGGCCGUACGGCACGUAUGUCAUCAACAAGCAGCCGCCCAACAAGCAGAUCUGGCUCAGCAGUCCAACGAGCGGCCCGAAACGGUUCGACUACGACGAGUCGCACCGGGCCUGGUUCUCGCUCAAGGAGGGCCAGCUGGUCACGCUCAAGGAGCUCCUCGACUCGGAGCUCUCGCGCGUCUUUGACACCGCCGUCGACGUCGACCUCGACCCGCACCCGUGA